AGACACAUCCCGGAAAUCGUAGCAACAUGGCGGAAUGCGAAAGAAGCGGUAGUGAAAGACACGAUUCGCGUUUAGGCGCCGAAGCUCCCAAAUUAUCGGAUUUAUUUGACCGUGGGUGGAAGAUUCUUGAUGAGGUAGACAAUACAAAUGAUCCCCUUGCUUCUAACAGUGUUCAGGUGCGAGUCAAACGUGCCAUAGGUUUGUUAGAAGAAACAUCCCGAAUGGCUUCUCAGCUGGACUUGUUCAGUCCCAAUGAAGAGUUGGAGGAGAUUGCCACAGCGGACCUCAAAUAUUUGCUGAGCCCCGCUCUCUUAGGCGCCCUGACCAUGAAGCUGACAGGUCGAGACAAACGAUUGGAAAUUGUCCAAACAGCCCGGGCUUACUUUAUGGAUUUUCUGAAGAGAUGUAAAGACUAUAACAUAUCUCAGUUUCAUCUACCGGAGUCCGUGAAUGAAAGCCCAAUUUCGGACGAAGCAGCAAAGAACGCUCCCUCUGCCUGCACACCUAUGCCCAGCACAUCCAACUUGGUUGCCAUGGCCGCACAAAGACAAGCUAAAAUUGAGCGAUACAGUCAGAAGAAGGAGCUGGAGGCCAGACUGUUAGACGUGCGAAGAUCCGUGGAGAGUGGACAGGCCGACGAUGAAACAAGCAGAGAUUUUUACUUGCUGAAUGUCCGGAAAUGGGUGAUUCUGUGCCUGGAUGAAGUACAGAGCAUAGACCAGGAGAUGGAAAUAUUGAAGAGUAUGGAUCAGAUGCAGCUUGGUGCUGCACAGCCUGCUAGACUGAGCAGGCCUCCGAUGAAACCAUUUAUUCUCACAAAGGAUGCUAUGCAGGCUCAGGUGUUUGGAGCUGGCUACCCCAGCCUUCCCACCAUGACAGUGGAUGACUGGUAUGAUCAGCACAAGAAACACGGAGUGCUGCCUGAUCAGGGAGUUCCCAGAAGGGGUGCGGCGGAGGACGACACUGAUGCAAAGGAGCGUGAAGAAGAAGAAAAAGAGAAACAGACAGAAAAUGAUGAUGAUGAGUCUUUGAUGAAAGCCAGGAAGUGGGAUGAGUGGAAAGACGAUCAUCGCAGAGGUUAUGGCAACCGCCAAAACAUGGGCUAACUGGUCCGAACACCAAUUACCUAAACAUGCCUUGUUCUGUGGACAUGCUUCAGAAACUUUCAGAAAAAAAACUGUUGGUAUUUAAAGAUCACCAAAACAUAUUGUGCACCUUGUUUCUUUAAUUUGAUGAUUUAUAGAUGUGACGCUGAUUUAUUCAUGUUGCAAUUUCUGUUUUUAGUUUUCUUUAAAUUACUUAUGUUAAAUUUUUGGUAUGUCUUUAACUUUUUUUCAGUUUUUUUUCAUCAGGUGGCAUCCAGCUUAAAUGCAUUUAUUAGUACUGCUACAAAAACCAACCACUACAGUGAAAUGCAGAAAUUCAGCUGUUACAUAACAUUUUCUCACAACAUUAAGAUUAAGUGGGUGAAAACUCCAGAAUACUUCCAAGUGCCUCACUUGGCAAUUUGAAUUAUGUUAGAAGAAUCUGUCAAACAUUUAUAAAAAUGCUUUUGUUUUGAUUUGUGUCAUUCACUGUAUCUUUGGCUUCAGAGAAAAUACAGUAUGUCCAACUUUGUAAAAUGCAAUGAAAGGAGCAGAAAUAGUCAAGUCAGUGUAUCAUGUACCCGAAUUGCUUCACAGCUCUUGUGUGCAACACUACUGUUGUCAGACAUGUGCAAAAAAUGUGAUCUUGUUAAGUGAAGUCAUAUGAAAGAUUAACACAUUACAUCAGUCUAUUUGACAAUAAAUGUUCAAAGAAAUAAUGUAA